GCUGUGGAGAUGAGAGACGAUCCCUCACUUUUGAACGUACCCAUGGCUGUUGGAGGCCAAUCGAUGCUAAGUACUUCAAAUUACCUAGCUCGCAGGUAUGGAGUAAGAGCAGCCAUGCCAGGCUUCAUAGCUAAGAAACUUUGUCCUCAGCUUGUUAUUGUCAAGUCUCACUUUAGCAAGUACCAGGAGGUGAGUCAAACUGUGAGAGAAAUACUCUCCAACUAUGAUCCACUCUUCUCUUCCGUUGGUCUUGACGAAGCGUAUUUGGACAUAACGGAAUAUGUGACGGAAUUAAUGAGGGGAAAGGAGGAACAAGUGCCAGUUGAAGGAGAGGAUAGAGUCACUCAGAGUUUUGGUGAUUCAUCAGUUGAGAAUACUGAGUCUUUGAAGCAUAGCUUAGUUCAUCAAACUGAUACAAAACUGAUUCAAAUUGAUCCAGAAUCAUCUCAAGAAACUGAUACAAAAUUGCUUCAAAUUGACGAUCCAGAAUCACACUCUACUGAUAUGAAAUUGCAAUAUGGUAGUAGUGAAUCACUCAAUGAUACUGAUUUGCAUCAGAGUGAUGAUCUGGUUUGUGAUUCUGAUCAAUGCCUUCCCAAUAGUUACUGGGAAUGUGCUGAGAGAGUAGUUAACGAAAUCAGAGAGAGAAUACAUUUAACUACACAGCUCACAGCUAGUGCUGGGAUUGCUUCUAAUAAGAUGCUGGCUAAAAUUGCAUCAGACAUGAACAAACCGAAUGGGCAGUACAUGAUCCCACCAUCAAGGGAAAAGAUACUGGAAUUUAUUAGGAAGCUACCAAUUAGAAAAGUUAGUGGGAUUGGAAAAGUGACUGAGAAAAUGCUGAAUGCCCUGGGGAUUGUCACAGGUGCAGAUAUUUAUGAUAAAAGAGGUCUUCUGAGACUCAUGUUUUCCAAGUGUUCCUAUGACUAUUUUAUGAAUAUUUGUCUUGGCAUAGGGUCCUGUACAGUCCACAGUGAAUGGGAGAGAAAGAGCAUCAGUACAGAGAGAACAUUUCCUGAUAUUUGGAAGCCGUCCGAACUCUUUCAAAAGUGUCACAAGUUAUGCUAUUCACUGACAGAAGAAGUUGAAGAGAGCAAUAUAAAGGGAAAGACUGUGACAUUGAAACUGAAGACUAGUGCUUUUGAAGUGAAGCAACGCUCGAUGACUUUCCCCAAUCCUAUAAGCUCUUUUGCUGAUAUUCACAAAGCAGCAAGGAUCCUGCUAGAAUCAGAAAUGAAGAACAAUUCUCAACUGAAACUCCGUCUAAUGGGUACUAAAUAA